ACUAGUUAAAAUUAUGUUUUGUCCACUUCGGACGCAAGUUGCGCGGAAGUGGUUGUCCGCUGUUUCAGGUUGACAGUGGUUAUGAUUGAGGGCUGUGACAUUGUUUUAAUGGUUCAGUUCACUUGUUACUACCUGGCUCGAGUUUAAAUACUUGCGAAAUUGUGUUAAGAUCUGAGGGCAUUACUUCAUAUACAAUUAUACACAUAUAAGCCAUCAAUAUUCUCCAUGAUGAGUGGAUUACAGUCGAAUACUUUUGAUAAUAUCAUCCUUUUAUGUGAUUCAUACAAAGUGAGUCACUAUUCUCAGUAUCCUGCUGGUACAGAAUUCAUUUACUCAUAUUUUGAAAGCCGUGGUGGGAGAUUUCCCAAUUCUGUAUUUUUUGGAUUGCAGUAUAUUUUGAAAAAAAAUUUAGUUGGUCAAGUAAUAACACAUGAAAAAAUUGAUGAGGCGAAAUCCAUUUUACUUAGCCAUUUCGGUAGAGAUAUUUUCAAUGAAGAAGGAUGGAGAUACAUUGCUAAUCACCAUAAAGGUUAUUUACCAAUUAUUAUUAAGGCAGUACCUGAAGGUACGUUGGUGCCUACAAAAAAUGUCUUAAUGACUGUUGAAAAUACCGAUCCAAAAUGUUACUGGCUUACUACGUAUCUUGAGACUAUAUUAGUACAGGUUUGGUAUCCGAUGGCUGUAGCAACAAAUUCACGAGCAAUGAAACAAAUUAUUGUUAAGUAUCUUCAUGAAACUGCAGAUGACUUUUCUACUGAAUUUAGACUUCAUGACUUUGGAUUCCGAGGCGUCUCCUCCAUUGAAUCUGCUGCAAUUGGUGGCACUGCACAUUUAGUGAAUUUCAAAGGAACUGACAGUUUGGUUGCCUUGUUAUUCGCCAGAAGGUAUUAUAAUUGCCCGACAGCUGGAUUCAGUAUACCGGCCACAGAACACAGUGCAAUGACUGUAUGGGGUGAAGAGAAUGAAACAAAUGCAUAUUCGAAUUUACUCAAUUUGUAUCCUGAUGGGACGUUUGCCUGUGUGUCCGAUAGUUAUGAUAUAUGGAAUGCAUGCAGUAAUAUAUGGGGUGAGGCACUACGUGAUAAGGUUAUAAAUCGUAAUGGUACAGUUGUUAUACGACCGGAUUCAGGUGAUCCAGUUGUAAUUAUGCCAAAAGUAUUAGAUAUUUUAGGCAGCAAGUUUGGUUAUAAAAUUAAUUCUAAAGGUUACAAAGUUCUACCAUCGUGUAUACGAGUUAUACAAGGUGAUGGUGUUUCAUUAGAAUCAUUAGAUCCUAUUCUGAAUAGUAUCAAGACAGCUGGUUGGAGUGCUGAAAAUGUUAGUUUCGGAAGUGGUGGUGCAUUAUUACAACGUUUAAAUCGUGAUACACAGAAAUGUGCUUUCAAAUCAAGUUUUGCUAUAGUUAAUGGUCAUAAGAUUCAAGUAUCCAAACAUCCAAUUACUGAUCCACAAAAAAAUUCGAAAAAAGGUCGUUUAACAUUAGAAAAGUGUCCAAUAACUGGGAUACUCAUGACGGUAGAAGAAGGUUGUGGUAGUCCAUAUAAUGAUUUACUUAUCCCAGUGUAUGAAAAUGGCGUCUUAUUAAAAGAUUAUACACUGGAUGAAGUACGUGAACGAAUUGAAAAGUAUCCACUUGAAGAUUGACAUAUAUUUGUUUUUUUUUCUUUUUUUUAAAAUUAAUAUCUCUUAGUAUUCAUUAUUGUUAUUCUUCUGAUUAUUGAUUACUUAUCAAUGAUUACGUAAUACAUUUAAAAUGAGUAGCAAUGUGAUUACUUUACUGCCCAGGUAUUUUCCCUUUUACUAAUCAAUUUGCACCAUUUCCCGGUACAAUUUUACCCCUUUCUAUUUCCUUUUUUUUGUAAACGUAUGUAUGUAUGUAUGUAUGUGUGUGUGUAGAUGAGUAAAUCAAGAUAUUAUUAUUUUCUUGUUGAAACUAUUACAGAAUAUGUAUACAUACAAAUAUUCCAUUUGUAAUUGUUCUUUAAGUAAUUUCUUAUAAAUAAUCAAGUGAAAUACGGCUAAAUAUUAUAUAAUAUCAGAAUUGUUAUUAUGGCUACUAAUGGUUGAGAUCAUGAGUCAUUUGAAGCUGGAAGCUUUCAGGUUUUCCCUGGUGGUCUAGCUUCAAUUGACACAUGAUUUCAACUAUUGAAAGUAUUAUAUAAUCAUUUCAUAAAGCACUUCAUUUUGUGCAUAUACACAUAUAUAUAUGAUUAGAAAUAGAGUUUUUUUUAUAAUAUGAAAUAUCAUCUUAUUUAUUAGAUGAUAUUAAAUAAGUAGUAUAUAAUAGAUUUGAAUAA